GGAGGAAGUGAAGCUUAGGUCUCUGCUACACCUCUACUGAAUUACUUGGUGAGAAUUAAACAGAAACAAUCUAGCUGGAUAUAGUUGUUUUCCAAAAGACAUUGGACUGGUUAACCAUACCUGCAGAUGUAAGAUAAAACGCCCAGAGGAUUUAGAGAGUGACUUGAUUUUCAGCCUCCUGAAAGUGAAAGUAAGUCAGUGUGAGUGAGAGAGCAACAACGGGGAGGGAGGUUUGCUCUGGGGACGCUGUUUACAACAACUUAGAAAAUGGCUUCAAAGCUGCAAGAAGAGUUCUCUUGUCCUGUGUGCACGGAGAUCUACAAGGACCCUGUGCUCCUGUCUUGUAGCCACAGCUUCUGUAAGGUCUGUCUCAAGCGGUUCUGGGAUACCAAACCAUCCAGAGAAUGUCCAGUGUGCAGGAGGAGGUCAUCAAAGGACCUCCCACCAACUAACCUGGCGUUAAAAAACUUGUGUGAGGUGUACUUACAGGAGAGAGGUCAGAGAGGACCACUGUGUAGUCUCCAUGGUGACCCACUCAGUCUGUUCUGUCAUGAUGAUCAGCAGCUUGUGUGUUACUCGUGCCGAGACUCAAAAAUCCACAGGAGUCACCAGUUCAGUCCUGUUGAUGAAGCAGCAGCUGACCGGAAGGAGGAGCUCAUAAUCAGACUGGGUCCCUUAAAGGAGAAGCUGAAGGCUUUUGAAAACACAAAACUCAACUGUGAUAAAACAGCUGAUUACAUUAAGACUCAGACCCAACACACAGAGAGGCAGAUCAAGGAGGAGUUUGAGAAGCUUCACCAGUUUCUACAAGAUGAAGAGGCAGCCAGGAUAGCUGCACUGAGGGAGGAAGAGGAGCAGAAGAGUCAGAUGAUGAAGGAGAAGAUUGAGAAGAUGAGCAGAGAGAUCUCAUCUCUCACAGACACAAUCAGAGCCAUAGAAGAGCAGAUGGAAUCUGAUGAUGUCACAUUCCUGCAGAACUACAAGAGCACAGUGGAAAGAGCCCAGUGCACACUGCAGGAUCCAGAGAGGGUUUCAGGAGCUCUGAUCAAUGUGGCAAAGCACCUGGGCAACCUGAAGUUCAGAGUCUGGGAGAAGAUGCAGGAUGUGGUUCAAUACACUCCUGUGACUCUGGACCCCAACACUGCACACCCAGAACUCAUCCUGUCUGAUGAUCUGACCAGUGUGAGACACAUACGUGGUGGUGGGGAGCAGCAGCUUCCUGAUAACCCAGAGAGAUUUGAUCAGUAUCACAGUGCCCUGGGCUCCGAGGGCUUUAACUCAGGGACUCACUGCUGGGAUGUGGAGGUUGGAGACAGUGAUAGCUGGACCCUGGGGGUGAAGACAGAGUCUGGGGAGAGGAAGGGAGGGAGUUCCAAUAUGAAUGGACUCUGGAAAGUGUUUCAUUCUUAUGGUAAUUAUGCAGCAUGCUCCCCAUUCCAGCCAGACACUCCCCUCACAGUGAAGCAGAAACUCCAGAGGAUCAGAGUGCAGCUGGAUUGGGACAGAGGAAAACUCUCAUUCUCUAACCCUGAUAAUAACACACACUUACACACCUUCAUAUACACUUUCACUGAGAGAGUGUUUCCAUGUUUUUACUACAUUUCUUCUGAGGAUCUUACCAAACUGACUCUUAAAGGGAAGCGCUUAUUUGGAUUAGGCUGCACUGAUUUUUUGAACAUGGCCUCUAAACUAGAAGAGGAGUUCUCUUGUCCUGUGUGCACUGAGAUCUACAAGGAUCCCGUCAUCCUGACCUGUACCCACAGUGUCUGCAAAGUCUGUCUGCAGCAAUUCUGGGAUACCAAAGGAUCAAGAGAAUGUCCAGUCUGCAGGAAUACAUCGCUGAAAGAUUCCCCCCUCCCAAAUCUGGCUUUAAAGAACCUGUGUGAGGCGUACUUACAAGAGAGAGAUCACAAAGACAUAGGCCUACUCUGCAAAGAUCACAAACAAAAAGUUGAGCUCUUCUGUCAAGAUGAUAAGCAGCUUGUGUGUCUGGUGUGUCUGUGCUCAAAAUUGCACAAGAAUCACAACUUCAGUCCUACUGUGGAGGCUGCGUCUGAGAUGAAGAGAGGGCUCAAGAUCAAACUACAGACUCUGCAGAAGAAACUGAAGGAUUUUGAGAAAGCUAAUGUCACCUGUGAGAAAACAGCUGGGUACAUUAAGACUCAAACCCAGAACACAGAGAAGCAGAUCAAGGAGGAGUUUGAGAAGCUUCACCAGUUUCUACGAGAUGAAGAGGCAGCCAGGAUAGCUGCACUGAGGGAGGAAGAGGAGCAGAAGAGUCAGAUGAUGAAGGAGAAGAUUGAGAAGAUGAGCAGAGAGAUCUCAUCUCUCACAGACACAAUCAGAGCCAUAGAAGAGGUGAUGGGAGCUGAUGAUGUCACAUUCCUGCAGAGCUACAAGAGCACAGUGGAAAGAGCCCAGCGCACACUGCAGGAUCCAGAGAGGGUUUCAGGAGCUCUGAUCAAUGUGGCAAAGCACCUGGGCAACCUGAAGUUCAGAGUCUGGGAGAAGAUGCAGGAGAUUGUUCAAUACACUCCUGUGAUUCUGGAUCCCAACACUGCAGCUGACUCUUUCAUCCUGUCUGAGGAUCUGACCAGUGUGACACAGAGUGAUGAGCAGCAGAAGCUUCCUGAUAACCCAGAGAGAUUUGACUUGUAUGCCUGCGUGCUGGGCUCUGAGGGCUUUAACUCAGGGACUCACUGCUGGGAUGUGGAGGUUGGGGGGAACACACACUGGAUCCUUGGUGUAAUGACCGAGUCUGCCCAGAGGAAGGGAGAAAUAAACAUUGAUGAUGGAUACUUCUACGUGGGUUGCUGUAAUGGACAAUAUAGGUCAUGCUCCACACCAGACGUGCCCUCCUCUCUGUCCGUGACCAAGAAACUGCAGAAGAUCCGAGUGAAACUGGACUGGGGAAAUGGACGGGUGUCAUUCUCAAACCCUGACAAUCACAAUCAUUUACACACAUUCAAAUGUACUUUCACUGAGAGAGUGUUUCCAUACUUUUCCUCUGGCCAUCCUCUGAGGAUCUUACCAGUGAAGGCCACACUGAGUCUGGCCCAGCACAGGUAGAGCUGCCGCUGCUUCGGUCGCCACCCACAACAUAAACAUUAAGGGUGUGUUUAGGGCUGCCGCUGCUUCGGUCGUCACCCACAACAUAAACAUUAAGGGUGUGUUUAGGGCUGCCGCUGCUUCGGUCGUCACCCACAACAUAAACAUUAAGGGUGUGAUUAGGGCUGCUGCUGCUUCAGUCAUCAUCCAUAACAUAAACAUUAAGGGUGCGAGUUUGACAGCAUAUUUUGCCGAUAGUGCAUGCACACUGUGGUCAGAAUGACCCCCCGAAGUGGGAAGAAUCAAGCCAAACUACUUAAUUAAUAAAAGAUGAUAGAUCAGACUUUAGCACUGGUUGCAUGUGAUUGGUUUAUUUAAUUUUCAGAAUUUUCAGAGUCCACCUUGACAGCUACCUAUAUCACCGCCGGAC